GCUUCCCGGGACGCGGCGCCUGCCGGGAUCUCUCGCCCCUCCUGCAUGCGGGGAGGCGCCGGCCUGAGGGGGCGGCCCGGCCGCUGCCCGCCCGGCUCGGCCUGAGCCCCCGCUUUCGGCUCGGCCGGCGGCUCCCGCCCCCUUGAGCUGCAAGGUGAGGUUGGAGCCCGGCUGUCCGCGGCGCCAUGGACAGCUUCCUGGAGGAUUAUGAGGAGGCGCCGGCGGUGGUAGUGGGGGGGAAGAGAAGAAGGAGGAGGAGGAGGAGGAGCCCCGCCACUCAGGCGGCCUUGCAGCCGCUCCUGCACCUGCCCUUCCUGCCGCCGCAGCCGGUAUCUUCCAAUGAACACAAGUCAAACUUCAAGAAGAGCAAGGAAGCAUGUUUAAGUUACAUUCAGGAUGCCUUGCUCCAAAAGCAGUGGAAAAGGGCUGCAGAGUUCCUGACCUGCUAUGUUGAGUCACUAGAGAAGGACUAUUCCAGAGAACACAUAGGUCCAUCAGAGAUGAUUUGGAGAAUAGGAACUGAAAUUUUGUGGCAUCAUUCCCAAAGCAGGAUGAAAGAGUUCAGCUGUUUCAUGGAACAGAUGAAAACUUUAGGAGUAAAAAGGUACUUGAAGGUCUGCUUGGAGCAUGUCUUCCAUCUCCUCUGUAAUGGGCAAAUAGAUGAAGCCUACCAGAACCUGUCCCUGGCAGAAAGCUGGAGGUUUGGAGAGCAAACAGCCAUUCAGGAUAAGGAAAUUAAGCUGAUUCAGGCUUACAGGGGACUCUUGGACUACUGUAGCUGGUCUAAGCAGAAGAAAAUCCUGUUAGAACAUGGUGAGGAUGGAUUUGCAGACUUGGCUGUUGAGCAGGAAAUGCACAGUUACUUCCGGAAGGCAGCAGUGAACUUGAAGGAGAUUAUUAAAAUACCUGGAGUCUGGGAUGUCUUUGUGAAAUGCUAUGUGGAUUUGCUGGAGUUCUAUGGAGAGCACAAUGAGGCCCGCCAAGUGUUAAAUGAAUAUGCCUACAACUCAAAGUUCCCUGCUAACCCCAAUGCCCAUGUCUACCUCUAUCAGUUCCUCAAGAGGCAGGGUGAAUCAAAGAAAUCCCUCCUAUCUGCACUGAAGAUCUUGCAUGAUAUUGUUCCUUCUCAUGAACUAAUGAUAGAUUUUAAUACCAUGCUUCAAAAAUCAAAGAAAAGAAAAAAGCGUCAACUGGGCCUAGAAGUUAUUUUUGCAGCCUUGGAUUAUGCUGGCUGGAAAGAAAAUGCAAAAGCAUGGAGCUGUUUGGCAAGACAGGUGAAACAAAUUGUAAUCUCUGAGAAGCAUCUUGACUGGAUCAAGCAAGAGUGGAACUCCAGGAAGGACUGGUGGCCAGACUUCCAUUUUAGCCGUUACUUGGCAAAACGGAAUUGGCAGGAAAAUAAAAGCCUUUCACAUGAAAAAGCUCUGGUGGCUGGAAUUCUACUGGGAAAGGAUUGCAAAUACUUCAAAUAUGUAUCACACCAAGGCUGCAAAGCUCGGCUGAAAAGGUUUCGGAUGCUGAAGAAGUUUGUGACUAGGCACAAUCCUGUCUACCUGAGAAUAUCUGGUCCUCCAGAUUGCUCUGUUCAGCGUUGAUGAGAAGGUUUCCUUAAGGUUCUUGGUACUUUUUCCUCUCUGUAAAACUGACUUUUGUGUUGGUGGUACUCCAGAACCUUUAGGCAGACCCUAUUGACUCAGUACUAGACUUUUUAAAAAUAUAUUUAUGUAAAACCACUUUGGUUGGUAUUUAUUUUAUAAUAAAAUGAAUAUAAAUCAAGUGAUAAUGUCUGAAGAAAGAAUUACAGAAAGAAUUUCUGUAAUGUUACUCUAAUAUUUGUGUGAAAUGCUAACAGUGUUGAUUUCAAAUACAUCUUAAAAGAGCAGAGGCACAGAAAUACUGAGAAAUUCUCUACCUCCUGGAAGAGACUUUUUUUUGCAGUCAUGCCCAUGAGUUGAAAUAUGCAGUGUCGCUGUGUUUGGAAAGCAAAUGUUCAUGUGUUAUCACAAACCAGAAUUCCAGUUUCUUUGAAAACAACAACAAAAUGGUUUCCAAAUACUACUUCUGUUUUAAUGCCGUAUCUGUAGAAUUCUGGAGGGUGAAGUGCUUGAACCUCCCUCUGGGAUUUUGGUCUGGGUUCAGAUGGGUCUUGUGAGAAGUGUCUUAAACAUUAAGUGAAAUA